AACCGCGCGGCAAGGUGGGGGAGGGCGGCCCGUGUGUGUCUGUGUUGUUGUUCCGCGGCAGCGGCGGCGGCGGUAAGAUGGCUGCCCACGGGGGCUCCGCGGCGUCCUCGGCGUUGAAGGGGUUAAUUCAGCAGUUCACCGCCAUCACCGGUGCAAGUGAAAGUGUAGGAAAACAUAUGCUUGAAGCCUGCAACAAUAAUCUGGAGAUGGCAGUCACUAUGUUUUUGGAUGGUGGAGGAAUUGCUGAAGAGCCCAGUACCAGUUCAGCAAGUGUCUCUGCUGUCAGACCACACACAGAAGAAGAAGUCCGUGCCCCAAUUCCUCAAAAGCAAGAAAUAUUGGUGGAACCAGAACCUUUGUUUGGUGCUCCUAAAAGACGACGGCCUGCACGUUCAAUAUUUGAUGGUUUCCGAGACUUUCAAACUGAAACUAUUCGACAAGAACAGGAAUUAAGAAAUGGAGGAGCAAUAGAUAAGAAACUAACUACCCUUGCAGAUCUUUUCCGGCCACCCAUUGACCUGAUGCAUAAAGGCAGCUUUGAAACAGCCAAGGAGUGUGGCCAGAUGCAGAAUAAGUGGCUGAUGAUAAACAUUCAGAAUGUACAAGACUUUGCAUGCCAGUGCCUCAACCGUGAUGUAUGGAGCAAUGAAGCCGUGAAGAAUAUUAUCCGGGAGCAUUUCAUUUUCUGGCAGGUUUAUCAUGACAGUGAAGAAGGCCAGAGAUACAUACAGUUUUAUAAACUAGGGGAUUUCCCCUAUGUUUCCAUAUUGGACCCACGGACAGGUCAGAAGCUAGUGGAGUGGCACCAAUUAGAUGUAUCUUCUUUCUUGGACCAAGUGACAGGAUUUCUGGGUGAACAUGGGCAACUGGAUGGACUUUCUAGCAGUCCCCCCAAAAAAUGUGCCCGUUCAGAGAGCCUUAUAGAUGCAAGUGAAGACAGCCAGCUAGAAGCUGCCAUCAGAGCCUCCUUGCAAGAGACACAUUUUGAUUCAACACAGACAAAACAGGACAGCCGCUCAGAUGAAGAAUCUGAAUCUGAACUUUUUUCUGGCAGUGAGGAAUUCAUAUCUGUUUGUGGCUCCGAUGAAGAAGAGGAGGUAGAAAAUCUUGCUAAGUCCAGAAAGUCUCCCCAUAAAGAUUUGGGGCAUAGAAAAGAGGAAAACAGAAGGCCACUAACAGAGCCCCCUGCCAGAACUGAGCCUGGAACAGCCACAAACCACCAAGGAUUAUCAGCUGUGGAUUCAGAUAUAAUAGAGAUGUCACCUGAAAAAUCAGAUGGAAUAGUGGAGGGGGCAGAUGUAAAUGGACCAAAAGCACAGCUGAUGUUGCGGUAUCCAGAUGGAAAAAGGGAACAGAUCACUCUUCCAGAGCAAGCUAAAUUGCUAGCUUUGGUGAAACAUGUCCAGUCUAAAGGAUAUCCAAAUGAACGUUUUGAACUUCUCACCAACUUCCCUCGAAGGAAACUAUCUCAUCUGGACUAUGACAUUACGUUACAAGAGGCAGGCCUUUGUCCUCAAGAGACUGUCUUUGUACAGGAAAGAAAUUAACACCAUGCCUGACCUCUCUCAGCUUACCCCCUUUUUCCCAUUUCCUGUGAGGUACCAUAUCACUAAGUAUGCAUUUUGGCUCAUAGGACCAUAGAGCCAAAGUUGGGCAAGCAAGUCACCUGCCUUCUCUUUUAUUUCUUGUUCUUUCCUAUAAUCAAUCUCUUUCUCCCCCUUUUUUCUCUUUCCUCUCCUGUUUUCUUCUCUCACCCCCAACUUUCUUUCCUUUUUACUUAAUCUGGUGACCAAAUGUAAGUGUAAGGAUAAGACCUCUCCAGUACUAGCAGCAGGAAAUGUGUGUUCCAAUAAGUGGUCUCUUGCACGGCACUUUUUUGGGAUCAAAUGUUAGUUACUCCCCAGAUUCCUUUGGCAAAGAGUGGCUAGAUUCAGAAUAAAAACAACCUCCCUUUUUUGUAAGUCCCCAUUUUUAGUAGGAAGAAGAAGUUCUCUAACACGUUUUGUUUUGUUUCAUUUUUCAUGUAGGAAAUAUCACGUAACAAAGUAUCUAGGCUUUUGUUUCCAUGGAAAAAACAUCCCUUAUCAUUAUUGAUCAUCAUAUUUAAAUUUUUUUUCAAAGGAUUCCCAUCUUCCCAUCUGUAAGAAUUAUUUCCAUGAUAUCUGUUAUUGGCAGAAUGAGUGUUAAAUGUGGAGUGUGUAGCAUGGGGUAGCUUUCAGUGCCCUAGCCUGAGACAGUUUUAUUAUUACUCUGUUAAUUAUAUUGAUCCUGCUGGUCCUUGAGUGGACAUUUAGUGAGCAUAUUCUGGUGACUGGAAUAGGAAGGUGCUUGCUGUUUUUGCCAGUACAGCAUAUUGUUCCUUUGACCCCUCCAUUGUCUGGGUCCAUGGUGAUCUAUAGGAAGGCAGCUGGUCAAUAAUCAUGCACAACAGUGGCUUAUAAUUAUAACCACUAUGGUUAUUGAUUGUCCUAUGUUCUUUAAGGCAUACUAGGUAUGUCCCUGGGGAAAAAGAAAACAUGCAGCUGAGAGUUGCUAACCAACGUCCUUCGGUUAGAAAUAAUGAUUCAUUUUUUACCCCUGGUUGGAAUAGUCUCUAAAAGGCUCUGGUGACUAAAUGAGCAUAAUUCCUCAUGCUGUUUUCUUUCAAAAGGUAUCAAAACUGAAAGCUUCUCUAAAGGGGAAGAUCUUUAAACUCAAUUCAUAAGAAAAGAUGAAUAAGGGUAGUGGUGAUGUUUAACAAUAAUCUUUAGAUGUUGUGAGAUUUUUUCUGCCAGCAAAAGCCACAUUCAAAUUGUAGUUAGCGAAAGGUUUUUUCAGUAUUAUUUAGAAGAGGCCAUCUUGAAUCUGUAUAAUACCGUUUACAUAUCAGUUUCAGUGUAUGCUCAAUUCUUAUUUUGAGCUUAAAAUAGAGUCCUCUGAAAGGGCAGUAAUGAUUCUGGUGGCAAAAUCAAAACUUUAACUUGUAAAAUCAUAAUAUGGAAUUUACCUGUUUUGUCAAUUGGGGAUUUGCAUUGAUUCUUCUACUUGAGGAACAUAAAUUGCUAUUACACAGAGACCUUUAAGUUCCCAUCUACUUUAAGAUUGUUCUCUUGGCAACUAAGGGAUUUGGGGGGGGGCGGGGAAAUGCUAUGUAUUGCUAGUACACAAUUAUAGAAUAUGGUUUCUAAAGGUUGGAUUUUGAGGGACCCUCCCUAAAGAAUGAGUUAUUUAUCUCCUCAAGGAAAUCAUGGAAAAUUCUGUUUAUUCUUCAGUGAGUCCUUUUGAAUUAAUGUUCUUACAUUUUUUUCUAAGUCUAUGUAAGUGCUUAUGUAUAAGUAUAUAAUUGUAUAAAUAUUUAUAAAUAUAUUUAUAUAAUUACAGUUUCAUUUAUACCUUGAGUCAAAGUUCUCUCUUUAGAUUGGUGACUGAGUACCACUUUGGUGUCUUUUCAUAGGCUCUGGAGGCUUAACUAGCAGUUUCAAUUUAUUGAGGAAAUAUGGUUUUCAUGUGAAUUCCUCAGUUGUAUCUCUGAAGUUGGAUAACAUACUUGCUGUUUGAGGAAUAGAGCUGUAUUGUAUCAAAAGUGCACUGGAAGGUAAAAAAUUUGUUGGUAGUAGACAGGUCAGAAAUCUAAAAAUUAAGGGAGGCACAGGGUAAGAAGUAAGGGUAUGCUCAUCUUUGUGCUCUGAUGGCAUCCGUCUCCAUUCCAAGCAAAGUCACAGCUAAAGCCCAAUUGAUAAAAAAAAAAAUGUGAAGUCAAGAAUUUUUCCUGUAGGUCUCUAUUUCAUUCUCUUGCCUACUAGCUUCUCUUGAUGAAACAUAUCCAGAGAACAGGAGACAUGUUCGUUAAUGAGAGAAUGUAGUUCUUCUCGAUUCCCUGAGCACUUGCAUAUUCAUUUAUGAGAAACCAAUGUGACUUUUUUGACUUGCGUUACUGUGAGAUUAAAUAUAUAUAUAUGAUUAAAUAUAUAUAAAGUGAUUUAAGUAAGAGACAACAUGAUACAUUCAUCCAACUUAGAUACAACUGGGAUGUUUAGAGUACGAGAGGUAGAGGAUUCCAUUUCAUUUUGAGUCAGGAGUAUAAUUAUCUUGGGUUUGAUACAGAGGCCCAUGGGGAGAACUUACGGAUUAUAUGUGGGAGGAGUAAAUGAGUAUUGCCUUGCUCAAGAACUUAACCCACUUAUGGAGUAUACUUCUUCCAGUUUGCCUUAUUUCUUCUGCAAAUUCCUUUGCUCUUUGAGGAGAGGUUUUAUUGAAUAGAUUAAAUGAGAUCAAUAAUGUUAGUUAAAAAUCAUUCCUUAUUAGGUGUUGGAAACAGCUUGGAAGAGAGUUUAAAAGAUAGGAAAAGAACAAGAUAGUGACGAGAACAAUACAGGAAGAUAGAAUGAAAACUAGGAAGAAAGUGAGAGGCAUAGUGUUUUUGAAUUUGAUUUAGAAAGGAAGAAGGGAAGAGAAAGAACAGUGCCAAAUGAGGGAAGAACAGGGAACUACUUUUAAGUAACUGGCAUGUGCUAUGUACUUUAUGUGCAUUUUCUCCUUUAAUCUUUCUAAAAACCCUACAAGUGUAUAUUUUCCCCAUUUGAUAGAUAAGGAAAAAAACAAGUGUGGAGAACUUGUUCAGGAUGUUGCAGUAAGUGGAAAAUCAGAAUUGGAACCCAGAACAGAGUUCAUGCUAUUUUAACUUUCAUACUAUAUUCUUCUACAGCAGUGGAAUCAAUUCACGAAAACGAUUAUCUUCUCAUUCAUUGUUUUGCUGUGUAAAUUAUCAUUUAGUUUUGUUUCCUUAAAUCUAAGGGGAGUAGUUGAGAUAAACCUUGUGGGAUUUGCACUAUGCCUAUAAAUUCUUAUUUAUGCUAUUAUUUUAAAAGGCUGAUUACUAAUUGCUUUUAAAAAUGAUGCACUGAUGAAAAUGUGACAGGAAAAUAACUGUGUGGCAUUAUUUGCCAAGAAUAAAUGGAAAGGAUAAAAAAGAAUUUUAUCUUCAACCAUUUUUUCAGAAAAGAUACAAUUGUCUUUUCUGUGUCCAUCCAUACCAAAUUGUUGAACCCUGUAUGUGUAUGUUUUAAAAUCUUUUAUAAAAUUCUUCCUCAACUUUGUAUAUCAACAAUUAUUUAUUGAGUCCUUAUUCAAAGUUAAAAAUAUUUUGAAAUCUAAGACCUGAUUCCUGCCUAUUUUAUUCAGUUAGGGAGACACUACAGAUGAGAUAAUUGGGGAACAUGUAAAUGUUUACCUUUCUGAGGUUGAACUAUAAUUACAUUAGAAGUUUAGAAAAAGGAAAGAAUGGUGUAGGUUUUAGUUAGGAAAGACUUCACAAAGAUGUAAGUCUGAAAGGUGGCAAACACAGUAGCUCAAAUUUUCUUUUGACUCACCUAUAUUGUUUAGCCCCACCUUUUGUAACUAUUAGCUUUAAGGCAUGAAGUUUUUCAAUAAGGCAUAACCAGUGUCAAGGUAGGAAAGGAUUAUUGAUCCCCAGGACUAAAGAUUCUUAGCAGAGAUCUCACUUGUACACUUAGGAAAAAUACCAGAGGGAGCCACUAGCAACUGAAAAAUUAGAUUAGAUUUAAUUUCUCUGCCCAGGUACAAAUUAAAUGUAUAGUACAUUAUAUAUGAGAUUCAGAAUGGGCACUAUAUGAGAGUAUUAGUGCACUUGGGUAACAGCUCUGCUGAUUAACUGUUACCUUGUUGGUUCUAUUUCUUCCUCUGAGUUUCUGGGGUCUUCAUCUGAAAAAUGAGAGAAUUGGACUAAAGUUUUAAGUCUUUUCAAAUAAAAGAACUUGUAAUUUUAAAACUUGGCAUGGGUAGGGAAUUGUGGGGCUAUUUAUAUAAUUAAUUCCAUAGAUAUAGAAAAUGGAAAUGUAUACAUGGAAAAUUACCCCUUGCAGGGGUCUGUAGGAACCCACAGAUUGUAGACCACUGAAUUAGAUUAUCUGUGAAGUCUCUUUCCACUCCAAAAUUUUAUGUUUCUACUCUUUUACCUUUAUUUUAUAUUAUCCCUAGGCUAAUUAAAAGUGUAUCUAUUAAUAAGAUUCUUUGCUUUUUUUUUUUUUUUUCCUACAUCCAGGUAUAAUUUGGCCAGUCACUUGAUCUAACCUCACUGUGAUGGUUGAAAUCUCCAAAAAGGAGAGUAUAAUAGUUAUAGAUCUAGUAAUGAUCUUUUAAACAAUUCAGUAAUUUUCAAACUUAAUGCUGUGUGCCUAACCAUUGUUGAAUAAGACUAAAAUGUAAAUGAGAACCAAAUAUGUCACUGAAACUGGAGUUAAAUUUUAUUUUACCCAUGUGCUUAAAGUACACUGGCUGAGCUCACUGGCUGAGCUAUUGUUGGGAAAUUGAUUUGUGUAAGUUGUAGGAUUCACACUUGGUUUUGGCAGGAACAACUUUUUCAAGAUCUG